CAAGUCACGACCAACGCACGAUCAGUAACCAAGACGAUGCGCUCGACCAAGCCGGCGCGGAAGAAGCCCAGCGUGCACCGACAGACGCAGUGCCGGAACAACCAGCGACGGUACCGCGCCGAAGCCCGCGCCCACCUCGAGUUCCUCGAGGGCGCCGUGCAGAGCCUCGGCACCGAGACUGCGCGGCUGGAAGGCCAAUGCGACUCGCUCUCGAUGGCCGUCCAGCGCCUUCCACCACCGCCGUUGGUCGUAUCGGCGCACCUCCACGACAUUGCGCGCUGCCGCGAGUACUGGCUCGUCUUCGAGCACGGCUACGCCAUCCAUGACAUGGCGACCGCGACGGCCCAAGUGGCCAUGCUCCGCAGCCUCAUGCACCAUGACGUCGAGGUCAUGGGCGCAAAGGGCGUCGAGAAGGUCAUCUCCAACUGGACGCAGUACGCGCGCUGCUUUCGGACGCUGCAAAAGGUCGGGUCGGCGUGGGACGUGGUCGUCGUCGACGAGAGCACGCGCAUCGUCAAGGGCGUGGGGACCAUCACGCUGCGCAUUGGCCGCGAGACCAUCGGCGCGCUCUGCCCACAGCUCCUCGCGAACGAGCCGCUCAUGCAGCGCAUUGUUGGCCAAGAGAUUGUGUGUCCGUGCACGCAGCUCUUUUACAUGACCCUUCUUGAGGACCGCGUUAUGGUGACGCGCGUUGAGACGGACCUGAACAUGACGGUCGGCCUCAUGGCGCUUCUGGGCAGUCUCCGCGAUGUGAGCGACGUCAUGACUGGCGUGCAGCUUGCGCCCGACGCCGAGCUCACGUGCUGGAUCCCACCGAUGCCGACCUCGACGCCGCCCAUGUUGCACUCCGCCUACGACUGUCGGUGAGGCCCCAUGGACAGUCGUGCAUGGAUUGCCCGCAGCCUUUGCAUCGACCAUCGUCCAUCGUCGUCGAGUUGAUACAACUCCAUUUGAAUCUUGACAUGUCAUGUGCUGUCAUCAUCCUCGGAAUCUGCAA